GUGAUGUCGUUGCAGGUUUGUGUGCUUGAGGCUUGGCUUAUCAUACACUCGGUUUGUUGGCCUAUCGGUUGCUGGCGAUGUCAAGGAACCCCAUUUUAUCGGUGGAUAUUGCUCAGUGAUGUAUUUCAAUGUUGCUUUUUCUACGGAAUUAUAUUGAAACAGUC